AUGCCAGCCGGUUCCAAUACUGAAGGUAUUAACAAUUUGGAGCUCGAAAGCUUAAAAUGCUCGGAUGUCCGUUGGUUUUUCAAGAAUCGAGAAGGCGAAUCAGAAGCAUUCAAUGGAAAUGACAGUUUGAUACUAGAAAUAAUGUACCGAUUUGCAAAUGGAAAGAAUUUGGACCCAGAAGCUCUAUCAAUUUAUGACAAAUACCUCAGCAAGUUUUAUUUUCAAAAAAAAAAAGAAUCUUCUGGAACUUCGAAUGACCAGGAAUUCAAACUUCCUCCACUGAUUCUGAAUCAUUUGUAUGAAAUUUCUGAAGACUUGAAGACUAUUUCUCCAGUUUUCUGGAGUGGAACACCAAUUUCCAUCGAAAGAGUGGUCUAUGUGACACUCGAUGAUAAGAUGAUCGAACGGAAAUUACAAAGGAAGCUUGAAAUGAGACAAGAGAAGGUUCAGGUUGCCAACUAUCCACACGAAGAGAUAAUCAAAAUCCGAAGAGGAUCAAAGAAAAGAUCGGUCCAAGUGACUUGGCGCUCUAGAAAUCAGUUGACGAUCCAGAGAGAGGGUGACAAAAGAACGACUGUUUUAAAACACUAUCGAGAGAAAGCUACCUGGAAUGAAAAUCAUUCGAAAGUGGAUCACUUGGUUUUUGUGGUUCAUGGGAUAUGGAAUAAUGGAAACGUUCAAAGUGUUGUGGACGGUGCACAGGGACUGAACAAAGGUGUGAAUAGUCACACUGCAAAUCAAAGCUGUAUUGUUUUUAUGCCAAUUCACUGGAGAACCAAUCUAUAUGUAGACACGGAAAGUCACAAAUGUCCAUCCGUCAAUUGGGUGAACAUCGAGAAUUGCACCAAAGACUUGAAGAUGUAUAAUUGCAAACAGUGCGGACCGAUGGUCAAACAAAAAGUGAUCGACGAGAUCAAUCGCCUCUACACCAAAUUCCUAUGUUAUCAUCGGCAAUUUAAUGGACGUAUUUCCCUAUUUGGGCAUUCUUUGGGAUCUGUCAUUUGUUACGAUAUUCUUUCUGAAAAAUCGUUGACGGAUCAGCUGAAGUUCGAAAAAUCUGUAGAUAAGUUGUUCGUCGUCGGGUCUCCACUUUGGCGCUAUUUAAAGCGUCGUGGCGAGGCAGCAUUGGAAAAAUUCAGAGAGACUGCGGAGCAUCUUCCAAUCUACAAUAUCUAUCAUCCAAACGAUCCAGUAUCUGGUAGACUUGAAGAAGUCUUGGACCCAUUUUAUAAGGACACAUCUCCUAUCGGAAUACCCAAAAGUACCGAAAGAGAUAUCUGGAAUUGUAUUAUAAUGGGAUGGUCACAAGAACGCGAGAUUCGGUUCAAUAAAAACAUGCUCCAAGCGAUAGGCGAAACAGGACACGACUUGCUGCUCAUUGCUCAUACAAUUUACUGGACCCAUAAAAACGUUUUCAAGACGUUGGACUACAUUUUCAGACAGGAAAAUCGGCCUCAAGUGGACCCCAAAAUGCCAGAAACUCCGGUGAAUCAGGCAGAAGAGACUGGAAUGGAAAUUUUGAAAGUUCCGGGAAAUAAGUGGGUUCAAGAAAGUGAGAUCGUCUCUGUGGAAAGUUCGGAUAGUGAGGAAUGUGGGGACGGUGAGGAAAGUUCGGACAGUGAGGAUAGUGAGGAUGAUGAGUUUCGAGAAACUGAGAGUGUUUCGAGAAACGUGCCAAGAAUGCCAAUCAGUUCUAAUGAUGAUAAUAUCGAGCGUCCAGAUCCUCCAGUCGAACCAGCGACCGAAGGUAUUAGCAAUUUGGUCAUCGCUGAAGGUGCUCCUGUUUCGAGAACGUGCCAAGAAUGCCAAUCGAUUCUAAUAAUGAUAAUAUCGAGCGUCCAGACCCUCCAGUCGAACCAGCGUAUUAGCAAUUUGGUCAUCGCUGAAGGUGCUCCAUUUCAUUUGAAGCUCAAAAACUUGAAAUGCUCAGAGGUCCGUUGGUUUUUCAAGAGUCGAAUGGGCAAAUUGGUGGCAUUCAAUGGAAAUGACAGUUUGAUACUAGAAAUAAUGUAUCGAUUUGCAAAUGGACAAAGUUUGGACACAGAUGCUCAAUUGAUUCAUGAUAAAUACCUCAACGAGUUUUAUUUCCGAAAAAAGGAAUCUUCUGGAACUCCGAAUGACGCGCAACAACCAAAACCUCCUCCACUGAUUCUCAAUCAUUUAUAUAAAGCUUCUGAUGAUUUGAAGACUAUUUCUCCAGCUUUCUGGAAGGGAGAACCAAUUUCCAUUGAGAGAGGAGCCUACUUGACACUUACCGAUGAGAUUAUCGAGCAGAAAUUGGCAAUGGUACUUCAAGAGCUACAAGAUGAGGUUCGGGUUGGCACGUACCCACACGAAGAGAACAUCGAGAUCGAAACUGAAUCAGGCAGCAUAGAGAAGGUCCAUGUGGUUUGGUGCUCUCCAACUUAUUUGGUGACUCAUAGGGAGGAUGGCAAGACGAGGACACUUAUCAAGAUCAAAGAAAAAGUAAUCGAAGAGUUCAAUAGUCUCUACGACAAAUUCAGUUCUUAUCAUAAGGAUUUCAAAGGAUGUGUUUCUUUAUUUGGACAUUCUUUGGGAUCUGUCAUUUGUUACGAUAUUCUUACUGAAAAACCAAAACUGGAUUCAAAAAAAGACACAAAAAAGAAACCCAAAGUCAAACUGCCGAAACUCGAUAAAUCCGUCGACAAGUUGUUCACCGUCGGGUCUCCCCUCUGGUUCUUUUUUGAGAUGGCCGGCGAAUGGAACUACUUGCAUUCUCAUACAAUUUAUUGGAGACAUGACAGCGUUUUUCGACUUUUAGACUUCAUUUUCACACAAGAAAAAAGGUCUCAAGUGGAAAUCAAAAAUCCGGAAAAUGAAGAAAGUCAGGAGGAAAAUCAGGUCAAAAUUGGAUCGGAAAAUUUGGGAAACAAUGAAGGAGACCAACCAACUACAUCUGAUCCCAGAAAAGGCCAAAUCGAAAAAACUGAAAAUCAAGCUGAAACUCAAAAAGUGACUUCUGGAAAAAAAAGUGACUUCUGGAAAAACUUCCGAAAAUUCCGAAAAUUCUGA